AGACGGCCCACGGGGCCCGCGGGCUGGGGUGGUCGCUUCUUCCUUCUCCGUGGCCUACGAGGGUCUGGAUCCUUCUCUGCCGGCUCGUGGGCCGUGCCUUUGCCCUUCUGCGAGGCCCUGAAUCUGAUCCCUUCCCUUCAUAUCCGGAUCCGGGCUCCUCCGUCCAAGCCCGGGGUUCCGGACACCUCCCCCAAGACAACCCCUCUGGCCUCCUCUCCUUCAGUACUUGGAAUCUGAUCUCUUCUCCCUAAUUCUGCGGAUCCGGCCCCUAAUAUUCUUUAUCAGACCCUCAAACAAGAGGCUGACUUCUGCCCCCUUGUCAAGGAGCGAGGCCACUUUCCUCUCCACCCCAUGCUAGCGAGAAUAACUUAUUUCUCUUCUGGAAUUGCAUCUUAUGCGCCUUUCCCCACCCAUCCCCACAGCUCCUGCAAUACCCAGUUUGGCCUCUUUUGCUUGUAAUAACGCAGAUCCCAGCGCCACGGCACCUUAGAACAGACCUUUUUCUUUCUCGCGUGGGGCCUGACUCCUUCAGUGAAGCCUCUCCACGCCCUCUAUCUGCAGGUCCCCAGCUUGGGUAAAGAUGGCCCCAUGGCCCCCGAAGGGCCUAGUCCCAGCUGUGCUCUGGGGCCUCAGCCUCUUCCUCAACCUCCCAGGCCCUAUCUGGCUCCAGCCCUCUCCACCUGCCCAGUCUUCUCCCCCGCCUCAGCCCCAUCCGUGUCAUACCUGCCGGGGACUGGUUGACAGCUUUAACAAGGGCCUGGAGAGAACCAUCCGGGACAACUUUGGAGGUGGAAACACUGCCUGGGAGGAAGAGAAUUUGUCCAAAUACAAAGACAGUGAGACCCGCCUGGUAGAGGUGCUGGAGGGUGUGUGCAGCAAGUCGGACUUCGAGUGCCACCGCCUGCUGGAGCUGAGUGAGGAGCUGGUGGAGAGCUGGUGGUUUCACAAGCAGCAGGAGGCCCCGGACCUCUUCCAGUGGCUGUGCUCAGAUUCCCUGAAGCUCUGCUGCCCCGCAGGCACCUUCGGGCCCUCCUGCCUUCCCUGUCCUGGGGGAACAGAGAGGCCCUGCGGUGGCUACGGGCAGUGUGAAGGAGAAGGGACACGAGGGGGCAGCGGGCACUGUGACUGCCAAGCCGGCUACGGGGGUGAGGCCUGUGGCCAGUGUGGCCUUGGCUACUUUGAGGCAGAACGCAACGCCAGCCAUCUGGUAUGUUCGGCUUGUUUUGGCCCCUGUGCCCGAUGCUCAGGACCUGAGGAAUCAAACUGUUUGCAAUGCAAGAAGGGCUGGGCCCUGCAUCACCUCAAGUGUGUAGACAUUGAUGAGUGUGGCACAGAGGGAGCCAACUGUGGAGCUGACCAAUUCUGCGUGAACACUGAGGGCUCCUAUGAGUGCCGAGACUGUGCCAAGGCCUGCCUAGGCUGCAUGGGGGCAGGGCCAGGUCGCUGUAAGAAGUGUAGCCCUGGCUAUCAGCAGGUGGGCUCCAAGUGUCUCGAUGUGGAUGAGUGUGAGACAGAGGUGUGUCCGGGAGAGAACAAGCAGUGUGAAAACACCGAGGGCGGUUAUCGCUGCAUCUGUGCUGAGGGCUACAAGCAGAUGGAAGGCAUCUGUGUGAAGGAGCAGAUCCCAGGUUGGCUCUCAGCAGCCUUAUACCUUCCAGGGUACAAAGGGAAUCAGAGUUGGCAUCAAAUCAGUCUGCCACCUUAACCUGUUUCCUCAUCUAUCCAACGGGACCAGUGUUUGCCCUGGCCUGCUGAGAGCUGUCCUAGGCCGGGGGUGUGGUGAGAUGCAGGGUAAUCACAAUGAUGGUGGCAGGGACCAUUUCCCCACCAAUUACUGUGUCAGAUGCUGUUCUAGGUGCAUUCCCCAUCUUAACUUAUUUAACCCCUGAAACAACCCGACGCUGGAAGUUGGGUUCUCAUCCCCAUUCUACAUAUGUAAAA